AUGGAUCGCACAACCUCUCUCCUGCUCGUCUCCACCUUGGUGGUCUCCGUGGCCAUAAGCUGCGUCCUCUUCUGGAAGCAGCGGCAGCUGACGAGGCGCCGAGCGCUGCUACCUCCCGGCCCAACGGGCUGGCCGGUGCUGGGCAACCUGCCGCAGCUGGGCGGCAGCAAGCACCACCAGACACUGCACAAGAUGUCCAAGCUCCGACGUGGUGGCAGCAAGCACCACCAGACACUGCACGAGCAGUUCCUCCGCGGCCACGAUGCCAACUUCAGCUCCCGCCGUUCUAACUCCGGCGGUGAGCACAUGGCGUACAACUACCAGGACAUGGUGUUCGCGCCCUACGGCCCGAGGUGGCGCGCCAAGCGGAAGGUGUGCGCCAUGAACCUCUUAUGCCCAGGCGCGCUCGAACGCUUCGGCGCUGUCCGGGAGCGCGAGGCCGCGCUCAUGGUGAGGUCGCUCGUGGCGGGAUCAGCGUCACCAGUGGCAGUCGAUGAGACCGUGAACGUCUGCACGACGAACGCGCUGUCCCGGCCAGCCGUGGGGCAGCGGGUGUUCGCUGCCGCUGGUGAUGACGAGGGCGCCAGGGAGUUCAAGGUGAUCGUGCUCGAGGUCAUGCAGGUGGGCGGGGUGUUCAACGUUGGGGACUUCCUCCCAGCGCUCCGGUGGCUGGAUCCGCAGGGCGUGGUGGCCAAGAUGAAGAAGCUGCACCGCCGGUUCGACGACAUGAUGAACAGGAUCAUUGCUGACAAGAAGGCUGCUGGUGUUAGGACGGCCAGUGAGGAAAGCAAGGACAAGGACCUGCCGAGCGCCCUGCUCGCGAUGGUGCAGAACGACGCGCGGCCCUUCACCGGCGGCGAGGAGGAUAGGAUCACCGAAACCGACGCUAAGGUACUGAUCUUGAAUCUGAUCGUGGCGGGGACCGACACGACAUCGACCAUAGUGGAGUGGUCGCUCGCCGAGCUGAUCCGCCACCGUGCUCUGCUCCGGCAAGCACAGGACGAGCUGGACGCUGUGGUCGGUCGCGACAGACUCGUCUCAGAGUCGGACCUCCCACGCCUCACAUUAUUCCUCAACGCAGCCAUCAAGGAGACGCUCCGGCUCCACCCAACGACGCCACUCUCUGUCCCCCGCAUGGCCGCUGACGAGUGCGAGGUCGCCGGCUACCGCAUCCCCCGGGGCGCCCAGCUGCUGGUGAACCUGUGGGGCAUCGGCCGCGACUCGGAGGUCUGGCCGGAUCCACUGGAGUUCCGCCCGGCCAGGUUCUUGCCCGGUGGCUCGCACGCGGACGUGGACGUCAAGGGCGGCGACUUCGGGCUCAUCCCCUUCGGCGCGGGCCGGAGGAUCUACGCUGGGCUCAGCUGGGGGGUGAGGAUGUUCACGCUCGCUAGUGCUACCCUGGUGCACGCGUUUGAUUGGGAGGUACCGCCAGGGCAGACGGCCGAGAAGCUGGAUAUGGAGGAGGCCUUCACACUGAUGCUGCAGCGGGCGGCUCCUUUGGUGCUCCGGCCGGUGCCUAGGCUACUCCCAUCGGCAUAUACUAUAUGA